AUGGAUUCACAAAUAUCAGAUGCAAAAACUCAUUUUGGAAAUCAAGACGUAGACAAUAUUACUGAAUAUAAUGGAACAGGUCCAGAUGUAAGAUCACCUUUUGAACGAGAACGAGAUGUUCUCGUCACUCAAAUUACAGAGAGUAUGAACAACGUUUUAAAUAACCUUAACGCCCUUAAUAGAGCCCUUGAAGGAGUCGUCGAAGUGGGAAAAGAGUUUGAAAGUAUCUCAGCUCUUUGGAAUAAUUACUAUGACGGUAUGGCUAGAGUUCAAAUCCAAGAGCAACAGCAACAGCAACAGCAACAUCAACAACAGCAGCAGCAGCAGCAACAACAGCAAGAAGAAGAGGAAGUAAAUGAAGAACAAGAUCAAGAAGUAGAAAAAGAAGAAGAAGAAGAAGAAGAAGAAGCUCAAACUGGCAUGCAGGAUCAUCCAGUUAAUCAAUCAUAA